CAAAUUUAUCAGCCAAUAAUGUCUCGAAUAUUAUCCCUAUCAGUCAAGAACAAUUUGAUAAAUUAAAAAAAUUACAAGAUGCGUAUCAAAUUUAUGUUGGUUUAGAUAUUUAUUCUUGGCAAAGUGUAAAGAAAGCGAAUUACGAAUCUUUAUUGAUGGCGACAUAUUUCAAUAAUACAUUGGCAUAG